AUGGUGGUCCGCCCUUUCGUCAAGGAGUCCCCCGAGGACAGUUCCAUGGAGAAUGGCAUCUUCAAGGAAGACAAUACCGUUCCGCCCGCGCAGCAGCGCGUUCUGCCGCUGUUUAGUCUGAAGGGCAAGACGGCUAUUGUCUCCGGUGCCGGGGCCGGGAUUGGACUGGCGGUUGCACACGGGUUCGCUGAGGCCGGUGCGAAUGUGGCGAUUUGGGUAUGUUCCCUGAAGCAUCUUCCUCCACCACCAACUUUAUGAACAACAUCACGUCCGAAGCCACAUGGACCGAAACCAACGCUCUUAUCACAGUAUCACGGCAACAAGAAAGCCCUCGACCGAGCCGCCGAGAUUGAAAAACUCUACGACGUACAAUGUAAUAGAUCCUACUUAUCCCCCUUACCCAUCGUCCAUUCACCCACUCACAAUCCCCCUCCCUACCUAGGUCGCGCCUACCAAACCGACGUGACAGACUCCGAAGACACCAAACGCGUCAUCGCCCAGAUCGUGUCGGAAUUCAACCACCGUCUCGACAUCUUCGUCGCCAACGCCGGCAUCCCCUGGACCCAGGGCCGCAUGAUCGACGGCCAACUCGACCACUACCAUCGCGUCGUCGCCACCGAUCUCGAUUCCGUCUUCUACUGCGCACGAGCCGCCGGGGAGGUCUGGAGACGACAGUAUCUGACGGGGAAAGAUGCCCGGGGCGAGGCUUUGGAGGGUUAUAGUUAUGGGAGUUUCAUCGCGACCGCGAGUAUGAGCGGGCAUGUGGCGAAUAUUCCGCAGUUGCAGAGCGCCGUGAGUUCUCGGAUCUUUUACUUUUUUUCAAUCUUCCAAUCUUCGUCCUCCCCUUUGCUGAUCGAGAGGGGGGUGGUGUUGUUUUGUCCGCAGUACAACGCCGCCAAAGCCGGCGUCAUCCACCUCGUCAAAUCCCUCUCCGUCGAAUGGGUGCAAUUCGCCCGCGCCAACAGCAUCUCCCCGGGCUACAUGGCGACGGAAAUCUCCGACUUCGUGCCCCCGGAGACGAAGCGCAUCUGGCAUGGCAAGAUCCCCAUGGGUCGCGAAGGGCAGGCGAGCGAAUUGAAAGGUGCCUAUCUCUAUCUGGCUUCGGAUGCGAGUAGUUAUACGACCGGAAGCGAUCUUGUGGUUGAUGGGGGGUACACGAGUGUGUAA